AUGUCUCUGACAGAGUCAUCCGCCUCCGAGAUCGCACAGAGCGCAUCUAUUGCCUCUCGCCGACUAGCUACAGUUUCGAACGAUGGACGCAAUUUCGCUCUAACAACGCUCCAUGCCGCUCUGUCCGAGAAGCGCGAUUAUAUUCUUCAAGCCAACGCGAAAGAUGUUGCGUUGGCGACCGAGGCAGCGGCAAAUGGCGAACUGAGUCAAAGUGUUUUGAAGCGGCUCGAUUUGAGCAGACCUGGCAAGUACGAUGAUAUGUUAGGCGGUAUCUUGAGCGUGAGAGAUCUUGAAGACCCAGUUGGCAGGGUUACGAUGCGAACACUGUUGGACGACGGGUUGGUUUUAGAACGGGUCACUUGCCCGCUAGGAACACUUCUCAUAAUCUUUGAGGCUCGUCCUGAGGUCAUUGCCAAUAUUGCUGCUCUAGCUAUCAAGUCUGGGAAUGCAGCUAUUCUGAAAGGUGGAAAGGAGUCCACCGAGUCGUUUAUUGCCAUAGCAGAAGUCAUUUCAGCAGCUCUUUCAAAGACCGAAAUCCCUAUUGCCGCCAUCCAGCUCGUCAAAACUCGUGAUAUCGUGUCCUCAUUGCUCUCACAAGAUCCUCUUAUUGAUUUGGUCAUUCCCCGUGGGUCAAACGAGCUGGUGCGGUAUGUCAAAGACAAUACAAAAAUCCCCGUGCUUGGUCAUGCCGAUGGUCUCUGCUCUGCAUACAUCCACUCUGAUGCUGAUGUCUCGACCGCCGUGAAAGUCAUUGUCGACUCUAAGACUGAUUACCCGGCGGCCUGCAAUGCUCUGGAGACUCUCCUCGUACACGAAGAUGUCCUCGAAAGCAUCUUGCCGGCUGUCGCCGAGGCCCUGCUUGCAAAAGGUGUUUCUCUCCGCUGCGACCGAGCUUCGAAAGCGGCUUUAACCAAGUCCCUUGCACCAGCACAAGCAGCUUUGUUACAAGAUUCCGUUGAUAAAGACUAUAAUACAGAAUUUCUCGAUCUGGUCCUCGCCAUUAAGACGGUCCCGUCACAGUCUUCGGAAUCGUCUGCCGUCCAGGAAGCUAUUGCCCACAUCAACGGACAUGGAUCAAAGCAUACCGACAUUGUCCUUACCACCUCUAGGCAAGUUGCCGAUUCUUUUAUGGCUGGAGUUGAUAGUGCAGGUAUCUACUGGAAUGCCUCCACACGCUUUGCAGACGGCAUGCGGUAUGGUUUUGGCACCGAGGUGGGAAUUAGUACAAACAAGAUCCAUACUCGAGGACCCGUGGGAUUGGAAGGAUUGACCAUCUACAAAUAUCUUAUCAGAGGCGAAGGUCAUACUGCAGCGGACUAUGGCGGGUCGGGAAGUAAACAAUGGAAGCACCAGAAACUGGAAAUCUAA